AUGAAGAACAUCUCAUCGCAUUACUUCAAUCUCUUGUACUUUGUUCUGUUUACAUUAUCAGUUGCUCGUAUUUCUUGUUUUUCCGAUGGUGACGGCGGAGGUAGCGGUGUUAGAGGUUCUGGUCCGCUCACUGACAGUGAGGCCAUGUACAUCCGGCAACGGCAGCUGCUGUAUUACCUGGAUGAGUUCGGCGACCGUGGGGAGAAUGUAACCGUUGAUCCUUCGUUGGUUUUUGAAAACCCUAGGCUCAGAAAUGCUUACAUUGCUUUACAAGCAUGGAAGCAAGCAAUACUCUCAGAUCCACAAAAUCUGACAUCCGAUUGGGUUGGAUCUGACGUGUGCGGUGGAUACACCGGAGUGUUUUGUGCUCCGGCGCCGGAUAACCGGUCUGAAAGAACAGUCGCCGGAAUCGACCUCAACCACGGCGACAUUGCAGGGUACUUACCGGAGGAACUCGGACUCCUCACUGAUCUUGCUUUGUUCCACAUCAAUUCCAAUCGGUUCUGCGGAACAAUUCCGAAAAAGUUUCAGAAGCUGAAGAUACUCUUCGAGCUUGAUAUCAGCAACAACAGGUUCGCCGGAAAAUUCCCUAAUGUUGUUCUUAAAUUACCGAAAUUAAAGUUUUUGGAUAUCCGGUUUAAUGAAUUUGAAGAUAAUUUUGGUAAUUCGCCGGUGUCGGUUAUUGUUUUGGCAAAUAACAAGUUCCAUGGGUGUCUUCCGGCGAGCAUUGGGAACAUGUCUGAUACGUUGAAUGAGAUUAUAAUGAUGCAUAAUGGGUUGAGAUCGUGUUUGCCGGAUGAAAUUGGGAUGCUGAAUCAGGUAACGGUGUUGGAUGUGAGUUUUAAUCAGUUGAUGGGACCAUUGCCGGAGAGUAUUUCUGGUUUGGUGAGUGUGGAACAGCUUAAUGUGGCUCAUAAUUACUUGUCGGGAAGUAUACCGGAAAGUGUUUGUAGGUUGCCGAGGUUGGAGAACUUUACUUAUUCUGAUAAUUUCUUCACUGGGGAGCCGCCGGUUUGUUUGAAUUUGGAAGUGUUUGAUGAUCGGAGAAAUUGUUUGCCGGCGAGGCCGGCACAGAGGUCGGCUAAUCAGUGUAAGAUGUUUGCGUCGAAGAAGAUACGUUGCAGUGCUUUUCGGUGUUCUCCGUUUGUUCCGGCGCUGCCAUCUCCUCCACCGCCGUCUCCGGUGCCUGUACUUUCGCCACCUGUUGCGACUCCUUCACCACCUGUUGUGACUCCAUCGCCUCCUGUUUAUACCCCACCAUCGCCAUCUCCUCCACCACCGCCGCCACCUUCACCUCCUCCACCUGUUUACUCACCGCCACCACCUCCACCGUCUCCCCCUCCACCAGUUUACUCACCUCCUCCACCUCCACCACCUCCACCUCCACCUUCACCCCCACCGCCAGUUUACUCCCCUCCACCACCUCCACCAUCACCUCCUCCACCAUCACCUCCUCCACCGUCUCCCCCACCACCACCUCCACCAUCACCUCCCCCACCAUCUCCCCCACCACCAUCUCCUCCACCACCUCCUCCACCUUCUCCACCACCACCCUCACCUCCACCACCUCCUCCACCUUCUCCACCACCACCCUCACCUCCACCCCCAUCUCCACCACCGCCCUCACCAUCACCUCCACCUCCACCACCGCCACCACCCCCUCCAUCUCCACCACCACCGUCACCACCUCCUCCAUCACCUCCACCUCCUUCAAUAACUCCGCCUUAUUGUGUAAGACCACCACCACCACCACCACCUCCCGCUGCAUCUCCACCUCCCCCACACUUUUAUUCCCCACCUCCUCCCCUUCCUUACUACUAUAACUCACCACCUCCACCACACCAUUCACCUCCUCCACCACACCAUUCACCUCCACCACCAUCCUAUAUCUACUCUUCACCUCCACCACCGACAUAUCAUUCACCACCUCCACUAGUCCAUUCUCCACCUCCACCAGUCCAUUCUCCACCUCCACCAUUACCCCCUCUCUGUAUAGAACCUCCACCACCACCACCUCCUUGCACAGAAUACUCACCGCCACCACCCUCACCCUCCUCGCCUCCUCCAGUCCACCACAAUUCACCGCCACCAAUCCACCAUCCUUCACCUCCACCAGUAAUAUACGAGAGCCCACCACCUCCAGCUCCAUCAUACGAGGGCCCACUACCUCCUGUAAUUGGAGUCACAUACGCAUCUCCUCCUCCACCACCCUUCUAUUGA